CAAGACACCAAUUUCUAGAACGCCCGGGAAUUUCCUAUCCUCCAGGUCAUUCACGAAUUCGCCAUAACCUUCUGCGUGUGUAUAUAUAAACACCUUCAACCUCAUGCUUCGAUUAUCAAACCACGGAUAAAGAAUCAUCAUCAUUCAUCAAUAUUACCAAUAACUAAUGGCUUGCACAACAAGCGGGAUCUCUUCUUCCCCUCUACUCUCAAACAACAUCUCCAAGCCUUCAACCAAAUCGGUCAGACCUCCUUGCUGUGCCUUCUUUCCGCCUUCACGAACCCGCAGCAGACUCCCCGUCGUCAGAGCUCAGGCAGAAAAAGAUACCUCCGUCGAUGUUCAAGUCAGUAGCAACCAAGGCAAAGCUUCUGCUAAUGGUUCCGUAGAACGCCGCCCCUCAUCCACCACCAUAUCCCCUUUUGGGUUGUUGGAUCCAUUAUCUCCGAUGAGAACAAUGCGGCAAAUGCUGGACACGAUGGACAGGAUAUUUGAAGACUCGAUGGCGUUCCCAACGAGGACUGGUACGGCUUGGAACAUUCGUUCUCCAUGGGACAUACAGGAUGCUGAGAAUGAAAUCAAGAUGAGAUUUGACGUUCCGGGACUCUCCAAGGAAGAUCUGAAGGUGUAUGUUGAGGAUGACAUGCUUGUUAUCAAGGGAGAACAUAAGCAGGAUGAUCAGAAUGAAGGAGGCGACAAGAGUUCCUGGACUAGACAGAAUUACAGCUCCUAUCAAACUCGCAUUGAUCUGCCGGAUAACUGUGAGAAAGAGAAGAUCAAAGCUGAUUUGAAAAAUGGUGUUCUCUUGAUCUCCAUUCCGAAGAAGACAGUUGAGCGAAAGGUGAUUGAUGUGGAAAUCCAGUGAAUGUAGUAUAUCAGUAUAUCAUGCAGUUCAAUUCACAGUGUGUGUAUGUAUAUAUGGAACCUUACUUUUUCUAGUUUUUGGCUAUAAAUAAGAGGCUAUAGGCUAUAGUUGGUGACA